ACCAUAGAAAACUUCAAUGAUCAUAGCUCACUGCAGAAGAUGCAACCAAGCAUGGAUACAAUGAAGUGCUUACCAGCUACCACAGCGUUGUGCAGCGUGCGUUUGCCACACCUACCGGGAGAGAGAAACCAACGGUGGCAAAAAGAAGGAAAUGGAGUGAUGCAUGCAUCAGUAACUGCUAAAGAAAGAAGAGAUUCUCGUCUACAUUUCCUUCACCAUCUCUGCUCUCUAAAACCGUGAUGCCAGUGCCAUACACUGCCUUAAGGGGCACUCUUCCAUUUCUUCACAUAGUUACAUCUCCAAAUCCAAAGCUUGUCCCUUCCAUUGCUUAGCCUGAAUCACACAGAAAAAAGAAUCAGAGAAAGGGGAUCGUGAAAAAAAAAAUUGCACAUAACCUACAGCUGGUGAGUGUUGAGCUUCUUUCUUUUUUGAAAACAAAGCAACCAACCAAACCAAGCAGAAGCCAUUAUUCCUUUCUUCUCUCCCUACUCUACUCCAGUGUUUCUCCACUGCAUUAAUUUCUAGGCUCCUCCUCCACUCGUAUGACCAGUAGCAGUAAUAGCAGCACAGCUCCGCGCAAAGCCACCAGCCAAAGGCGCAGCCUUUGACCCGCUCCAGGCCUCGCGUCGUCGCCAUGGCUGCGGACGCCACCUCUACCUCCUCCUCCUCCUACCUCCCGCCGACCAUCCCCGCCUCGCGCCAGGACAUCCGGACCGCCGUCGCCAAGGCCGCCGAGCUGCGCGCGCUCCACGCCGCGCUCCUCCAGGGCGGCGCCGCCUCCGCCUCCGCCAGCGCCAGCGCCAGCCGCAGCCCGGCCGUCAUCUGUUUCCCGCCGGCCGCUUCGCCGGCGCUCACCAGGGCGGGCCUCGCAGCCACGGCCGCCGUGGAGGACUACCCCGUGUUUGCUCCAACUUAUGAUGAAGAGCCCUUGAGUGGAAUAAACUACAUUCGUCAAGACAACCGGAGCCUAUCUGAGAAUUGGAGUGGCAUUGGUUUGGACCAUGAUGGACUAGAAGAUGAGGUGUCCUUCUCGGACUUUGACAAUCACAACACCUUCUCUUCGUCAAACAGCGAGCUACAUUUUUCUUCAUCAAAUGAUCAUUUGCGGAAUAGGAUUACUUGUAGAAACCAUCCAUCCUUCCUUCAGCCUGCCCUCUCUGCUGACAGUUUGCUCAGGUCAACCAGCAGGAUGACUGACUUAACUGAAUUUAAGGCUGUGACGACGUGCAAUACCUGCAAGCCUGCAACUAUCAGUAGGGACUCUGAAACUGAUGCCAAGGCUCCGAAGAACCUCGAUAGCACAGCGCCGCUGUCAAACUACCACCCUGCAGUCUUCGCUCGGACAAGCCACAAAGGACCGCGUAUUCUCUCAUGGCUCUUACCAAAGUCGAAAAGGAAACCAAAAUCAGACAUGUCACCAAACACCAUCGAAUGUGAGAACAUGUCACAGCUUCUGAAGGAUUGGGGGGUGUUCACACUGGAGUCCCUGAAGAAAGAGGUUGUUGAGGCCAAUGAGCAUAAGGAUGCCGCUCUGCAAGAAGUUUCAGAGAUGAAAUCAUCUUUAGGAGAACUGACUACUAAGCUAGUGAGCCUGGAAGCAUACUGCUCGGAACUGAAGAAGGCCCUAAAGCAAGCAACGAACACAAAGAACAUUCAAUCCCACUCAAAGAGAUCAGCUAGAUCAGUUGGUGUCAGCAGAGACAAUUCCUUGCCUGUCAGUCAUGAAGUUAUGGUGGAAGGGUUUUUGCAGAUAGUAUCCGAGGCCCGUCUUUCCAUAAAACAGUUCUGCAAGGUAUUAAUCCAACAAAUAGAAGAUGCUGACAACGGACUAUCAGAUAAGCUAAAUUUACUCCUGCAACCAUAUCAAAUUACGCUCAAUGACAAGCGUCCGAAAUUAGUGUUGUAUCAUCUCGAAGCUCUGAUGAACCAAUCAAUGUAUCAAGACUUUGAGAACUGCACAUUCCAGAAGAACGGGGCGCCCAGGUGCCUCGACCCUAAGCAAGAUCGCCAGGAGAACUUUGCUUCGUUUGUCGCCCUGCGCAACCUAAGCUGGAACGAGGUCCUGAAGAAGGGCACCAAGUACUAUUGCGAGGACUUCAGCCGUUUCUGCGACCAGAAGAUGAGCUGCAUCGUGUCCACCCUGAACUGGUCGUGGCCAUGGGCCGAGCAGCUGCUGCAGUGCUUCUUCGUGGCAUCCAAGUGCAUCUGGUUGCUGCACCUGCUGGCGUUCUCCUUCAACCCGCCACUGACGAUAUUGCGGGUCGAGGAGAACCGGGCGUUCGAUCAGAUGUACAUGGAGGACAUACUGUCCGACAAGCAACGGUCGCAGAACAACCCGUCACAGGUGAAGCUCAUGGUGAUGCCUGGGUUCUAUGUCCAAGAUCGGGUGCUCAAAUGCAGGGUGCUCUGCCGGUACAGCUAGAUCCAUAGCAUAUAUAGUGUUGAUUGGAGGUGCCUGUAGUUCUUUUUUUGACUGAUUGUUUAGUGUGAUGUAGCAUUUAUUCUGCUAAGUUGCAAAGUACAAUACAGGAACCCCAGAAUGUCAUUUUGACCAUUCUUGCUUGCCAAUCUAUCUGUAACAUAUUUGCAUCGUAAGCAAGCCAUCUGUAAGAAAGAUUUAUGCAGAAGCUUUUAACUCGAGGAUUAUUCCUCCAUCA